GGACUGCACAUGUGCAGCAGCAGAGAGUCAUCAUGGCGGCGCGUAGCCAUGUGCAGGAUCCUAAUGACAGGAGGCUGCGUCCAAUAUACGAUUAUCUAGACAAUGGCAACAACAAGAUGGCUAUACAGCAAGCUGACAAAUUGCUCAAGAAACAUAAGGACCUUCACUGUGCAAAGGUUCUGAAAGCAAUUGGCCUGCAGCGAACAGGGAAGCAAGAAGAUGCGUUUACUCUGGCACAGGAAGUAGCUGCACUUGAACCCACAGAUGACAACUCCUUACAGGCCCUUACCAUUCUCUAUCGUGAGAUGCACAGACCUGAAUUGGUCACUAAGUUGUAUGAAGCUGCUGUGAGAAAAGUCCCAAACAGUGAAGAGUACCACUCGCAUCUCUUCAUGGCGUAUGCCAGGGUUGGAGAAUACAAAAAAAUGCAACAGGCUGGGAUGGCACUUUACAAGAUUGUUCCGAAGAAUCCAUAUUAUUUUUGGUCUGUGAUGAGUCUGGUCAUGCAGUCCAUUUCAGCUCAAGAUGAGAAAUUAUCAAAGACAAUGUUCCUCCCCUUAGCACAGCGGAUGGUGGAAAAGAUGGUAAAAGAGGACAAGAUUGAGGCAGAAGCAGAGGUGCAACUUUAUUUAAUGAUUUUGGAACGUCUUGGAAAAGACCUGGAGGCUCUGGAAGUCAUCAGAGGAAAACUGGGAGAAAAACUGACCAGCGAGUUGCAGAGUCGUGAAAUGAAAUGUAUGGUGCUGUACAAGAAGCUAAUAAAAUGGCCUGAAUGCAACGCACUAUCUAGGAAACUAUUAUUGAACAACCCAGAUGACUGGCAAUUCUACUUAUCCUACUUUGAUUCCCUCUUCCAUUUGAUUGAUGCUGCUUGGACUCCACCCACAGAGGCAGAACACUCUCUGGAGGGUCCGGUCACCUGCCUUGUACAGGAGGCCAUAAACUUUGUGGAGGAGAGAAUUUUGAAUGAGGAACCAAAGGGCUCCCGCCGUCUGAGGGGACCAUACCUGGCUAAACUUGAAUUAAUAAGACGGCUGAGAGAAAGGGGUACCAAUGAUGAACACAAACUUGGGAUACCAGAGGAGCUGAUGUUCCAGUACUUUGAGAGGUUUGGGGAUAAACCUUGCUGUUAUUCUGACCUGAGAAUCUUUGUCGAUCUUCUGUCACCGGAACGGCAUACACAGUUCAUCAAUAAACUGAUGGAAGUAGUACCUCUGUCAGUAUCAACAGAGGGUGACCUUGCAUUACCAGCUGAUGUUAAAGCUAUGCAGAGGCACAUGUUUGUCAUCCAGUUUGCCAGAUUGUUAGGUCUUCAUGAGACCUUAGAUCAGACACAGAAACUCAGUCUCGUCCAGGAGCUUAUGCAGAGAUACAAGCAUGCCCUGGAGUUUGGAAAGUCGUGCUUAAAAACAGAAUUGCAGUUCUCUGAUAAUUAUUGUCUAUUCGCUGUGCAUCUGCUUCUUGACAUCUGGAGACAAUCAGGUGAGGAAAGACCAUUGUGGCAGUCUCUGGCACUGCUGGAGGAGACCCUCUCUAACAGUCCCUCUAGUGCUCAGUUCAAGUUGCUGCUCAUUCGAAUCUACUGUCUUUUGGGAGCCUUUGAGCCAGUCGUAGACUUGUACACCAGCCUUGAUGCCAAGCAUGUGCAACAUGAUACAAUUGGGUAUUUGCUGACUCGAUACGCAGAGCCACUGGGCCACCUUGCUGCUGCUUCCCAAGCGUGUAACUUCACACUCAGGUUUUUCCACUCCAACCAGAAAGAUACCUCUGAAUACAUAAUCCAGGCAUAUAAAUAUGGUGCUUUUGAGAAGAUCCCAGAAUUCAUUGCCUUUCGGAACAGGCUAAACAACUCUCUGCAUUUUGCACAAGUCCGUAUUGAACGUAUGCUGUUAGACCUCUUCCUCGAAGCAAACAUAACACAAACCCUGGAAGAAAGUAUAAAAUCCAUGGGUUUAUGUCCGGAUGAAGAUGAUAUUCCAUGGGACAAUCUUCGAGAUAACCGGGAUCUAACUGUUCUCUUCUGCUGGGAUCCAAAGGACAGUGAAUUGUCAGAAGGACAAAGGAAGAUUUCUAUGAAAGAGGAGAGAACGUGGCUUCAGAUUCGUUCGUUGACGCUACGCUUGGUCUGUGCACUCGCUACCAUUAGCCACGCAGUCGAGCCGAAGAAUUCCAAAAAAACAACAGAGAAUGGUGUCACUUCUAAAAUUGACACGCUACGUUCUUUAAUUCAGCAGCUUGAAUGUAUAGUGCAGACAGAGAAGAAAAAAGACAAACAAGUUGUUCAGUUUUUGGUCCAAGGGCCACCUCCAACACGUAUGAUGACCUACCUGGAAAGCAGUAGCUGCUGGUGUCAAAUUAAUGCUUUUCACCUUGUUACUGAUGUUUACGAGUUGGAUGUCAGUGGAUUAGAAGAAACACUAGAUGUCCAGAGCCGGAUAGCAAAUGAUUUUAAGUCGUUAUUAGGACAAUUGCAAGAAUUAUUCAAUAAAUGUAAAGGGAGUUUGUUGGAAACUAAAGAAGCAAAUUGUACAACAAGACCAGAACUUUUAGAAAACCUUGUCUUUUUAGUUGAGACUGUCUGUAUAAUCCUGUGGGUAUCUUAUUACUGUGGUAAUGUCCUACGGCCGCUGAAAUCCAGUUUACAGAAGAAAAAGAAGAAGAAAAAGGAAAUCAAUUUUGCAAUGCCAAUUGUUUUCAGCAGUUUCCAGGACUAUGUGGCUGGAUUACAGAAUUUCUUGUCCGACGUGAUUAACCAUAUUAAAGAAUUAGAGUCUGCACUAACUGCACUGAAAUUUGAAGAGCUGACAAUGGAUAGUCAUUCGGCCUUUGAGGGUGAACAGAAGUUCUCCAGGAUGGUGCGAGGAAAAAUACAGAGCAGCUACUUGCGUUCCCUUCAGGAGAUGGGAGAUCUACUGAGAAAGAGACUGGACACAGUUAAAAGCCUGAAAAUUUAACUGUUUGAAGCAGAGGAGGAGAGGGAGGGGGGGCGGGGGGAGACCAGUGGAAAAAAAACUGCUCGGCAAUGCCGUAUCACCCCAAUACUGUUACCAUAUGUUCCUAGGACCCCAUCAGAUACAUCAGCUGAUCCAGAACAUUUACCAGAGAGCAUGAAGGACUUUGCAACAAAAGAGUUUAAAAUAAAAGGUUUUUAGAACAAAAAGAAGUUAAUAAAUUAUGUACAUAAAAUCAGAGUCAGAGGCCUUCUCUCAGACUUGGCAGCAAUAUUUUUAGAAAAUGUUGGGUGUUUCUCUUGUGUAGUUCAGUGCAUGAUACACCUGGCAACAUUGCUACUAGAUGCUGAAAAGUCAAAUGAAACAUUAGACUGUGUUCAGUAGCAAAUGUACCUGUGUAGGUACUGAGAUUUUUGACUGCAGCUUAUACAUCACAUAUUGGUGUACAGACUGUAUAUGACAAGUAUCAUAUGUUCCAUCAUAAUUUAUUCAAUAUUUCAAUUUUAGUGUUUUUUAUUUGUAUAAAUUUUAUGUUGUCUAAGCAGAACUCACUUUCAGCAACUGUGAAACACAGAGUAUAUGCUCCUUCAUUGUGAAUCUGACUUCUCAAAUCCAUUCCCUUAUUCCACAGUUAUUUUCCUUGAGGUUUUAAAUUUUGAAGGGAUUUUAUUUUGCCUUUAAGGUGCUUCACUGUCAUUUUUAUUUCUUUAUCAAGGGUGUGUGUAAGCCACUUAUCCACAGUUUAUUACUGAUGGACGUAUUACUUACGGUAGCUCUGAGCAGGCUGGGGGAACAAAAUAAUCUCCUGAGAGGCUGGUCUAAACCAGAAGACACCAGUGUUGUCUGUCACAUUUCUCAAGUGUAUUCACUGCCUCUGGUAAACAAUGAGAAGUGCAUUGCAUUUAACAGAGAGGCAGCCUCUCCAUUUGUUUUCACAUCUGUUGAACACAGGACUAACAAAGGGAAGAGGAAACCUAAUAUAUUAAAGGAAAUGUUAUUUAAGUAUUCUUUGACAGGAGACCCUGAAUUUAAGAGGUGCAUUCAAAUAUUAAACAGAAGGUUGUUAUUUACGGUGCAUUGAUCCCAAGUGUUUACUGCCAAUACCUAUCACCCUACUGGGUUUUUAAUAACACAACAAUAUUAAUUUGGCACGAGACUGAGUUUUAAAAUGAGCCCAGAACCCAAUUCAAGCAAACCUGGAUCAUGUGCUCCCCUAGUGGUUGAAUGGGUUAUCUGUUAUUGAACAAUACAGACCAAAUUGAUCUCUGAUUUAUGCUGAGUUUGCUGAUAUUAGAAUGGCAUUGAGUGCUAAAUUUGACAGUAUUCCAAACUACGUAGGUUGAAAAUAUAAAUUGCCUCAUGUCUCUGCAGUAGCUGGUGGCCUCUCUAUGAAAAUGUAUUUGUUUUGAGGAAAACUGGAGUUCAGUGCAUCUUUAGUGUAGUCUCAAUAAUGAAUCAGUAGUCCUGGUCCAUUCUAAGUUUUGGAUGAAUUGCAAAAAAACUUCUGAACUUCCUAAAUUCUCAAAGUCUGAGUUGGCACUUUUAGAAAAGGGGAUGGGAACAGGUAGAGGGAAGAAAUGGAAAAUGUCCCCUAGACUUGCUUAUCAGUGUGAGUCAAGUGCAACAUCACCAUUUUAAGUUUGUAUAUUCUUAAAGCUUAAAAUAAGCAUGGGGAAUGCAAAGACUAGAAAACUACGCUCCUUGGAGCAAAGAAAGUUGAGAUUUGAUAGCGGUGUUCAAAAUUAGGCAGGAUUUUGUUUGGAUAAGUGAAGAGAAAGUUUCCAGUGGUAAAUGGAGGAAAUAGAUUUUAAGGUAAAAGGCAAAAGAACCCACUGAGUUCCUCCAACAGAUUGUUGCUUCAGAUCCAUCAUCUGCAGUCUCUAGUGUCUCUAAACAACCAGGGGACAGGAAGGAAAAAAAGGGAUGGAAGGGCUUUUCUGUCAGUCCAUAAUUAAAUGUGAUUCCAGGUUCCAUAGUUCCUUCACCUAUAAAACAAUACCUUGUUUUCUGUACAGGAUCCCUUUUCUGAUUGUAAGAGUCCUUUAACAAGAAGUGUUUCAGUAUUUUCUCAACUAAAUUUGUGCCACUUGAGCUACUGCACAACAGUGUUCAUAGCCCAUCUCUCAAACCUUACCUCUGUUGAAAGGAAAUGUCUCCUGCAUCAUGGGUUCACAUCUGAAAAUGUGAUGUGAGACAUUAAUGAGAGAGUGCCUGGAGUUUUAUUACCCAGUCAAUUACAGAUGAGCUGGGCAUGCAUAAUAAUAAUAAUACAAGAUGCCAAAAUGAGAAAUUUUAUCAGAUUAGCUGAGUGCGUAUUGUGUGCAGUGUUGAAGUAAUAUAAAGGCAUUAAACAACUCAGUUACUAUUUUUUAAAUUCUAGUUUUGACCCGUAAAAAAAAAAUAAACUCUUCAUCUUUCACUCACAAACUAUGUAGCUUCUCAUUGUGCUACAUGCUUUCACAUCGGAGAAGCUACACAGUUGACCACACCUGAUACAAGUGAUAAGCCCCUUUUUUAUAUAUAAUUGUAACAUCAGCAAUUUGAACUGCUUCGUAAUGUACAAGACAAACUGCAUGUUCUGUUGUACCAUUGCUUUGAUAGGGUGCUAUCAUGAUCCACUGUUUCUGUUUGUAAUAGGAACAAUGGGGGAAAUAUUCAUGACCAGACUUGUUGCUAUGGAGUUGGGUACUACUGGCAGUCUGGUGUAUCCUUUCCACUCUGAUAAUGUAUUCCCUGGCUCAGGGUUUGUCAUAUUUUAAGAUGUGGUGCUAGUUUUAAGAUCCAAAAUAUAAAAUUUCAGAUCUUUUGGAAGAAGUUUUCAAUUUUAAACAUUGGGUCUAUGAAAACAAAAUUAAUGAUGUAGCUAUAAGCUCCUAUUCCUUGUAUGUGGAAUUCAAAUUCAGUUUUUUAAUCUGAGUUUGUAUUUUCUGUCUUUAUAUUGCUUUAGCUCUCCUUGAUCCACUUUGCACUCUGACUUAAUGUGAACAGCUGCAUCCAAGCAGAUUUACCCUUUUUACUCACCACUCUUUCCCCUCCUGGGUCAGGAAAGAUUGGGAGCUCAUUGUCUGGAGAAUCACAGUGUGGUUUUGUAUUUUGCUUUGUUACUGGAACAGUAUGAUUCAGCUGCAGUGAAGUAGUUCGACAUCAAACAUGAUUGAUCUUAAUGUUUGUCCUUAAUAGUCUCCAUUAUUAGAGGCAUUCACAUGCAGAACACCACAGAAGCUAUGUACAAUGAUUAUGAAAAGUUCCAGAUUCCAACUGCCUUCCUAGUGAUUGCACAAACCUUGUGUAGUUCAAAUUGGAAGCCAGCCAAGAAUAAAGAAAUCUGAUUUUAAUAUCCUUAACAGCACUGUACGACUGUACAUCUGAAAAAUACUGAUUGGCACAUCCUACACAAAUUCUAAAGUUCCUCUUGAACUCCAAGCAUAUAUGUAAUAAAAACAGAAAAUCAGGUCAGGCAGGUUUCCUGCAUGUUGCUUUUAUUUCAGAUUUCAGGAUCUACAGUUUUUAAUUUUAGUAUACUAUAUAUAAAACUAUUUUGAGAAACAGUCCAAAUUAAAAUUCUGAACAUUUGCCUACUUCAUGGUGGUAGAUAAAUUGAUUAGACUUUACUCCUUUCCUCUACAAUAUUUUUUUCCAGUGUCAAGUGUGGUAGAUUCCAAGUACCUUCACUAACAGAGCUGGUUUGCUGGAUCCUAAGACCAUCGCAGUCAUGGCACAGGACAACUCGCCCUCAUCCCUUGCCUUACUCCAGUGAGCUGAGGUGGGAAGCUUUGUGUGUCUGAAUCGCAGGAAUCAUGGAAGUAACAGCACAGAAGGGAAGCAUUCAGCACAUCACAUCAAUGUAAGCCAAAAAAGCAACUAUUGAGAAUAAUCCCAGUUCCCAGUCUUGUGGGUUGUGGCACAAUAUGUAUUCAUCCAGGUACUUUUUACAUAUGAGGACUUUGGCCUCCACCACUCUUUUAGGCAGUCAAUUCUAGAACCCCAUUGCACAUUAGUUUGAAAAAGAAUUGUUUCAACUUCUCUCUCUUUCUUCCAACUACCUUAAAUUUAUGCCCCAGCUUAUUGGCUUCCCUGUUAGGGGAAAUCAAUUCAUCCUGUUCACCUCUAACUUUCAGUAUACCUUGAUAAAUCUCUCCCAUGCUGCAUCUUAUUAAUCUCCCCUUGAAUAAAAUUCUCCAUUCCUGGCAACAUUCUUUGAUAUCUCCUCUCCACUCUCUGGUGUUAUUACAUCCUUCCUAUAAUGCCAGAACUAUAUAUGGUUUUGUAGAAAUGGUCUAACUAUUUUUUUUAGCAAUUCCAGUACAUCCUCCUGCUCUUAUUUACCAUGUCUUAGCCAAUAAAGGUAAGAGUCCUUUAGUCUCCCUUAACAACUUUUAUCCAUGUAGAUCUCUGGGUAUGUACCAAUGUUCUUCUGUACGUAUCAGUGUCCACUAUCUAUUGUGCUGCUUUGUGCUCCACAAAUGCAUUCCAUCACACCGCCACUAGAAUGAAUUCAAUUUGCAACUUUUCUGCCCAUUCCGCCAGUUCAUUGAUAUCUUCCUGGGUCCACAGCUUUCUUCCUCACUAUUAAACCACACAGCUAAUUUUGGUAUCAACUGAAAACAUUUUAUUCAUGGUUCCUACAUUAAUACGCAUUGUUCAAAUUAUUAUUUACUAUGGGGAGUAAGGGACCAAGCUUUCAUCCAUUGAUCAUUGCCCUUUGCUUCCUGCCACCUGAUUGAAUUUUAAAUCCUAAUUGCCACUUUUCCUUGGAUUUUACUUUGGCUUUUGGAUUUGGCUUUUACUUUUCUAAUCAGUCUGCCAAGUGAGAGUUUGCCAAAUGACUUUUGAAAUGCCAUAGCAACUAUAAUCAAAUGCUGUACUCUCAUCAACCCUCUUUGUUACAUCCUCAAAAAAAUUAAGUCAUUAGUUUUUUUGAUUCUUAACAGAUCAUUGCUGAUUCCUCUUGAUUAACCUGUUUCUCUUUAAGUGCUCACUUAUGUUGUCCAUCAAAAGUUUCUCCAUUAAUUUGCCCACCAAUGUGUCAGGUUAACUUGCUCAGCCUAACCCUUUACCUCUUUUUAAACAGCUGUAACACAUUAACCCUGCUAGCCCUCCAGCCUCUCAAAGGUUUGGGAAAGAUGGUUGGAAAAAUGGUCACUCUCUCUUCUCUUUCCUCAAUAGCCUGCAGUACACUUCAUCUGAGCUGGUGAUUUAUCUGCUUUAAAGAUAAUAAACACCAUAUUAAGUAUUUAUCUUUCCCAAUAUUUCACACUUCCUCCUUGUCUCUUUUAUUGAAGCUAUAGAAAGUAUUCCUUUAGAACCAUAUGUAUGUGAUCUACUUCAACAUUUGGGUACCCUUCUUGGUCUCUGGACCUUACUCCUUCCCUUUUUUCCUCUUGUCCUUUCUGUAUUAAACAUGUUUGGUUUCCUUGAUUUUUGCCUAGGCUUUCUGCAGUAUUGAGCACUUGUUAUUUAACUAAAGGCUGCUUUUUUUUUUGCUGCAGCCUAUCCUAUGCACUACACAAUAUUGUGGAUCCAGAUUUUGAAGUUCCUUGUUUUUUCCUUGGUGGCAACAUAUUCACUGUGUUGUCCUUAUUACCAUGAAAAGCAGUGUUUGCAUUUGCCUGGGAUAAUAACCAUCUCUAGUUAUUUCAGAUUGCUGCCAACUCGCAGUUUUGAAGUAGUUAUUGAGAAGCGCUCCAUAAAUCUGCCAAUUUCAUUUCUAAUGUGUACCAGCUUCAUACUACCCUUUGUUCUAUUUAAAGCAACUUGACUUGCCAAUUACAGAGUCAUAGAGUUAUACAGCAUAGAAACAGGCCCUUUGGCCCACCAUAUCUAUGCCAAUCAUCGUUUCUAACUAGACUAAUACCACUUGCCUGGAUUAAUUCCAUAUCCCUCUGUGCCUUGCUUAUUUAAGUACCUGUCCAAAUGCCUCUCAGUUAUUACGGUUCCUGAAGUUCAAUGAAAAUAUUUGAGUAUAAAAUUGCUGCACCUGUGUUACGUUUUGAUAUGGCAAAGAAAGCUCAAAUGCUGCUGAAAUGAAGGAACAUGAAGAAAUGUGAACCUGUUUUUUUUUUACUAGCAUUAUAACUAACUUUGUAAAUUCAGUUAAGUGUAGAAUUCUUGGUUUAGGCAGUUUUAUUUGAGGUUGUUCACUCCAGGAAAUAAAUUUCUUUGAUUUUAUUAAAAUAAGGAAUAUUGAGUAGAUAUUUAACAUAAUUUGCUCCAAUCUUGUUUCCAUAGAUUACAAGUGCUGCAUUUAAAGGGGAAAAUUUAACUUUUAUCACAUGACCCAAGAGAUUUUCAUGUAGUGUAAUAAUUUAGGAAAAUACCAAAUAUAAUUUUCUUAAUUCCUGAUCUGAUUCUUUGAUAUCCAAGUCCUAUCACAGAGAAGACUUUGUAAGGAAAUUAUUUUUCGGGGCAGGGAAGGGUAGAUAGAUCAUGAAAAGUUUCAGCCAAACUGCUAAUCAGGCAUUGCAGAAUUUUCAAUGCGAAUGGAAAAUUAAGUCUGAUAAUUUCCUUCCCAAUUACUUCCUGCCUUUUUCCACAAACCUACCAAAAGCUUUGUCUUGUACUUGGAUAUAUUUCUGAAGCAUCAGCGUUAGUCUUCCAAUGUCGGGGAGCUACCUUAACUACCCGAUUUUACUGCAUUAAUCUAGCACCUGAAGGAAAUGUGUAAUAUAUUGGGAUUAUCCUUUCAAAGUGCUGCUACAGACAAGAUAGGCAAAAUGACUUCCUUCUGUGCUGUGUUACUUUGGCUUAGAUUUAUUUUAGCUCCUUAGCCAGGGGCUGCUGCCUUUGCAAAUGUUUGUUAAUUAAGUGUAAAGAUAAUGUAGUAGCAAUUGACGAUAAGAUUUAUCAUGCAGUUUAGUCAAGUGAUAAACAGAAGCAAAAAUAGUUCUGUUAAAUUCAAUCCUCGGUAGCUCAUUAACUCAAAACUUUUUGAUUUUCCUUUUGUGUUUCCUCCCCAUGUGAUGUUUGAAACAUGGGUAUAAACAGGAAAUUAAAUUUGACUAUGGGUUUGUUAUAUACACGCACACGCACGCACACACGACAUGUUUAGGUGUCUGCACUUCUGUGGCCACACUUUUCCCUCCCCACCCAUUCCCUCAAUUUGACCAUCCUGUGCACACCUCUGCUUAUGAUGGAGGAAAUAUUGUCAGUAUACAUGGGGGUACCCACUAACUACAUUAAUGUUUGGGAUUUCUGGCUGUUGAAACAGAUAACUUCUGGGAUUUGUUCCAGGUUGCACCCAGUUGACUAGAUAGGCUGACCAUAGCAUGUCAUCUUUAAAGAAAAUAACAUUGUCAAAACUAUUUUUUAGAAAUCCAAGGGAUCCUCGUAUUUAACAUCAGGGAUCAAUAGAUAAGAAUAGGAUGAAUUUCUCCCAGUGAAGUCCAGUUACAAGCAUCACAUCAGCUGUCUAAUUCAAUACAAAUCUAAAGCUAAACCCAAAACCAAGAUGCCCAUUUUCAGCUAUGUCUUUAUCGACUGAGCCAUUCACACAAGCUCUGCAGGGAAAAUACCAGAAAUUGACAAUGUGCUGUCUCAUUCUGACAAAAUGAAUUGUUUAAUUCAUUACUAAGACUGAAUGCCCAUGCUGUGGUCCUAUUGACAGGAAAGAAACUGAGUGUUAAUAUAAGGAAUAACUAAUGCUAAUAGAUUUUUUUGAAGCGAAUCAUGCACGAUUUUCUUUUGCAAGAGACAGCCUGUAAUUGCAGACAGGUGGGAUUUUUGUAGGUGAUUGAACUGCAUGUGAGUUCACUGUGGUAAAGCUAAGGAGCAGGAUUUUCACCCCAUCUCCAACCAUGACAAUCAUAAAGCAUGAAUAAAUGCUACAGCAGCUAAAUGUCAAAUUGGGUUAAUUAAUGAAAAUAAGACAAGUUUAUUUUGGGUGAUGAUUACACCCAGCUGGAGUUGAGUCCAUUGUGUGCUCAUACUUCGUAACAGACGUGCUUGUACGUUACAGCUUUCUAACCCAAUUUAUCCAGUUGAAGUGUAGUUUGUGGAUCUCAAGGUUUUUUUUGAUCCUGCAGCAUUUUUCAGAGCUGUAGAGUUGAUGAUCUUACUCUACAUUCAUUACAUUCUCCUUCCCAAGUCUUGCCCUUGAUUAUAAAUCCUGCUGUUUUAUUUGAUAUAUAUUUGUAAAUAUUGUUUUCUCUUUGAGUGACCCCAUAUUUAAUGAAUCCAGAGAGUUCAAACUUUUUAAGGCUGUGACAUCUCCUGAAAACCAUUUUGUAUGUUGAACAGAAUUGGACAUUGAUAAUUCAGCAGG